CCCGCCCCUUCCCCGCCCCUAGGCCGCAGCGAGGCUGGGCCGGGAGGGCCGGGGCGGAGCUGGCGUCGCUUCGGGGGCGAUAGGGCGACCGUGGCCCCGCAGGGCAGGCGGAAGGACUGUCGAGAGAACCGGCAGAGCGGGAGGGCCGGCAAAAGGAGGUGACCCAGCGCGUUGGGGAUGUGACCCACGGCCAAACGAGGGACGACUCGCACUAACCCACCCAGGCGGACCCCGUCAUCCUCAGGUCCUUCCCCUGGACACCUGUCCCUCGGCCCGGUCUGGCCAUGGCGCUGUGCCUGAAGCAGGUGUUCGCCAAGGACAAAACAUUCCGGCCACGGAAGCGCUUUGAGCCGGGCACACAGCGCUUUGAGCUGUAUAAGAAGGCACAGGCAUCGCUCAAGUCCGGCCUGGACCUGCGCAGUGUGGUGAGGCUGCCGCCGGGAGAGAAUAUUGACGACUGGAUCGCAGUGCACGUCGUGGACUUUUUCAACCGCAUCAACCUCAUCUACGGCACCAUGGCUGAGCGCUGCAGCGAGACCAGCUGCCCGGUGAUGGCCGGCGGGCCCCGUUACGAGUACCGCUGGCAAGAUGAGCGCCAGUACCGGAGGCCGGCCAAGCUCUCCGCACCGCGUUACAUGGCUUUGCUCAUGGACUGGAUCGAGGGUCUCAUCAACGAUGAGGACGUCUUUCCCACUCGCGUUGGCCCCCUAGGUGUUCCCUUUCCCAAGAACUUCCAGCAGGUCUGCACCAAGAUCCUGACUCGCCUCUUCCGCGUCUUUGUUCACGUCUACAUCCACCACUUCGACAGCAUCCUCAAUAUGGGGGCUGAGGCACACGUCAACACCUGCUACAAGCACUUCUACUACUUCAUCCGCGAGUUCAGCCUGGUGGACCAGCGGGAGCUAGAGCCACUGAAGGAGAUGACAGAGCGGAUCUGUCACUGAGCCUAGGCCUGGACACUGUUGCUCAUCAGAUGAUCGUCUGAAUAUAGAGUGGCUGGGGAGGGGACCCUCAGGAGUCUGGUGGCGGAGGAACCUGAAGGUCCUAGGGCCCCUCCACACACCCAAAGCCUCUGGACCUCUGGUUCUCCGGAGUCCACCCACAUGUCCCCUGACUGCUUGUGAGUGGAGAAGGGGAGAAUUUAAAGGUGGGCAAACAGAAGGAAAGGAAUUGCUAAACCUCUGACAUAAAGUCUGGGGGUGGGGUAGGCUAGAGGGUUUCCACUCUGAUACUUGACCCUUCCAUGGUGGUUCCUAAGCCUAUCUGGGCAACAUACACGUGGCUGAGGUGAUGGCAAGAAAGAUAUGAGAGAGAGCAGCCUGUGUGUGAGUGAGCACAGAUGACUCUGUGUGUGUGUGAGUGUGUGUGUGUGUGUGAUUUUGGCUGUGGGUGUGUCUGUGAGAGUUAGCCACCUUAGACCCUCCCUGGCACAUAGUGGGACCUCAUAAAUGUUAGGCAAAUGGAUGGAUGGGUCGAAGGAACGAAGGAGCAAAGAAGGGAGGAAGGAGAGCUUGGGACCAUCAGACUACGACCACUGUAGGAGUAAUGACAGUUCACUGUCCCCAAUCGUUGUGUCCCACAGUGUGUGCAAGUGUGCAAAUUGUGGUUGCAGAUAGAUACAGCUCCCUGUUUGAACCUUCUAAGCUACCUUCUUCCAUCAGCAUGAAUUCUGGGGAGUUGUGGGGAGGUGGGAAGGGGGGCCUUGCUCUGGGUACUGAAAUCCCUGGCCCACCACAGGCACAGGUUCUGAUUGCUCAUCAGCUGUCAUUUCACUCAUUCCUCUGCCUCCAGAAAGGCCAGAUUACAGACAGUCUCCUGGAGGUUGGGGGUGAACUCUCACAUCCACAAAGGUCCUCUGGUCCUUAAAUUGGGAAUCACACACUCCAGGCCUAGCUCCUAGGAUUUAUAUAGACUUGGCUCCCAGGAUCUGAAGCCCAGCACAGUAUAACCAUCCAACCCAAGGAUCCAGUGGAACUUGAAUUGGGAAACUCUGGAAUCUUGUCUCCAUCCUGGCACAUUAAGGACCACAUGAAUAGUGAAUGGACUCUUCCAGGCUUGGAGAGCCCCCAUCCUGCAAGUACUUGCCUUCCCAACCAUCUCAAGACAUUGAACCUGGUUGUCUCUCAGAGCAUAGCUGUUCACAGAGAAACUGGGAUGUUCAUUCAAUACUCCAUUACUCAGCCCCUUAAUGCCCAGCUCUGUGCCCACACCUGCAGGUGGGGAAAUUGAGGCAGGGACAAGGCUCUUUCCUCCCAGAGACUCCUUGCUGGGAGGCCAGGAUGGAGAGCCAGAAAAGACGUGAGGAUCAUCCAGUCUCACAGAGUCCUCCACGUACAUAAGAGGAAACUGAAGCCAGAAAAAAAGGAGGGAGAAGCUAUCCUAGGCUUCACUGCAAGGCUUUGUGGAGCUGGAGUAGAAACCAGGUUCCUGACUCCUGCCCCAUGGCCUGUGGAUUGCUACAGAGGCAGAUGAGAAGCACAUGGAAAGAGGGUCUGACAGCCCCUCUCCAGGACACAACUAUUCCUACUUUGAGCAAGGAUUUCUAGCCUAAUGCCAACGUGCCCCACUUUCCCUCAGGUCUGCUAGAGUUAUCUGCUGAGCCCAGCCUCCAAAGUCAAGGCCCUCUCUAUGGCCCAGCAGCUGACUGAUCUCUGGGGAAGCAGAUGGGACUCCUGGAGCCAGCUAGCUGGACCUGGGACUGCUGCCUCUAGAGAAGUUCCCAGGAGAAACAUACUGGCCCAGAGUUUUGCCAAAGGCUCUGGAGUAAGGGUGUCAAAGAUCCCCCCAGGGAGGAUUAU